CGAAAACCUGUAAAGACCAUUCGACCAUUUUGCUCUUCUUCGAUCCUUUCAAUUGGUGAUAUCAAGAAUUCAAAUCAGUUUCCAAAUCGUGCGCUUAAGCAGAAACGACAGCAGACCGACGAACCGUUGAGUACCCAAUUCAAUCUCAAAAUGUCCAAAGCAACACACAUUAUCCGCUUCAUCGCGAAGGAAGACAACAAGAUCCAUUUGGGUCAACUUGUCGACACAACUCGAGAUAUCGGUCUCGACAGCCUCGAGGGCAAGGAAAUCAAAGCAUAUCUUCUCAAUGGCACCAUCUUCCAAUCGCAAGUCACACCUCAUAUCUACACCGUUCAGACCCUCUUGUCACCCAUCGCAAAAGACGAGACAAACUACAUUCGAUGCCUCGGCCUGAAUUAUAUGGAUCACGCAAAUGAAGCCAAAAUGGCCCUUCCCAAAGCGCCCAUUCUAUUCACAAAGCCACGGACCGCACUGAACGAUCCCUACCCAGCGGUGGUCCCUGUUCCCAAAGUCGCCCAAGACGGCACCUCAGACUACGAAGCAGAGUUGGCUCUUGUCAUCGGCAAGACCGGCCGUGAUAUCCCUGAAAGCGAGGCCCUCGACUACGUUCUAGGCUACACCGCAAGCAACGACGUCAGCGCCCGAACGCUGCAGAUGGCCACCGGACAAUGGAGUUAUAGCAAAGGUCUCGAUGGCAGCUGUCCUCUUGGCCCAGUCCUCGUCACCAAGGAGGCCAUUCCCGAUCCUCAGGUCCUGGGAAUCAAAGCCAUCUACAACGGCACCGUCGUGCAAGAUGGCAACACCAAGAACAUGAUCUUCAACGUUGCCAAACAAAUCAGCUACCUGUCACAAGGAACUACGCUCGAGGCCGGAACAAUCUUCCUGACUGGCACACCCGCUGGAAUUGGCUAUUUCCGCGAGCCCCGCGUUGUUCUCGAGGAUGGUGGUGAUAUCCGAGUCGAGAUUGAGAAGAUUGGUACUUUAGUCAACAAGGUCAGAUAUGAGGAGUGGUAGGGGAUGAGUUUGCGAGGAAAGGAGAGGAGAGCAGAUGGGUUGCAAAAAGCAAUUGGGAAGAUAAGAUAAGAGUAUGAGACUAUGAAACCUGUGUAAAGGCCAGAUCUAUCCAGGAUGUGACGAAAUCAGAAGUAUAA